AUAAUAACCCCAAUCACAUAUUACUACCAAAAUUCAUCACAAAAAUCCCAAAAAUUACUAUAAUUAGAUUACUAAAAAUGGAUGAAUCAUGGCGGAAGAGGAUGGGAAUCUCGGCCACCGGUUCGACAUCGAGAGAUAGAGCUCUUGAACCGCAAGAUUUCUACGACGUUUUUGGGGGCCCACCGAGAAGUUUACUAUCAAGGAAACUAUCGGCUGAUUUCUCCGGUAACGAUUGGUUUUAUAAUGAGAUAUUUAAGGAACCGGAAUCUGAAUCUCCGGUAAUAAUAUCCGGUCGCAGGUUACCAGGCUAUGUUAUUCCUGAUAGAAGAAAGUCAAAGAGUAGACAUACAAAGUCAAAGUCAAUGUCAAUAUCAAGGUCAAAGUCAACGUGUUCUUCAGUGAUGAGCUUUGAUGAGUUAAAUGAACUUAAUGAUUUUGGGUCAGCUAUUGUUAUUGGGGAUAAUGAAGAUGUUGCUCUUUCUUCUUUCACUUCAAGGCUUAGGCCAAUCAAUGUACCAAGUAGAUGGACAACACCAUCCAUUUCAGAGAUGCCCAAAUCUGAUCAAAAUAAACAUGAAUUCCCUUCAUUUGAAUUGAUACCAAAUGAAUGUGAUGAGUAUAUGAAUACAAUACAAAGUUUCAAUUAUGGUUACCCCCAAAGUGGGAAGUUUAUAAAGGGACAAGAUGAAAUGCAAGUAUCCCCAUCUUCCCCUUCGAAUGUACACUUAAAAAAUGAUCAUAAUAUUGAAGCAAACAAUAACCAUGAAGAUAUAGAUAUUGGUGAAGCAAUUGCUUGGGCUAAAGAGAAGUUUCAUGGUUGGAGCUCACAUAAUAAUGCACAAGAAUGUUGAGAAAUGGAUUGUAUUUCAGUUGAAAUAUGUAUCACUUUCUUUGGAUUAGAUCUUAAAUUCAUUUUCGCUGCCUCAUUCUUUUCCCUUGGUCUACCAUGUAUUAUAAAAAAAUGCACAAGAAAGUUUAUUAAAUAAAUAAGAGAGUUGUUUUUUUCAAUGAAAUUCAUGGGCAAAAUGAUUUUUUGACUAUAUGUUGGGUUUGGAGGAGGUUAUGUUUGGGUGAU